AUGCCCGAGCCUUCGGCACAAGCCAGGAUGGUUAUAGGGUCGUUGAAUCAGUUGAGUCAGAAGUCGCGAGCCAUGGACUGGACUGAGUUCAAAUUUCUAUGGUUGGGAUGGAGAUCGAACCACGAUCCAGAACUUGACCUUCAACUAAGUAUCCGCAUGGCAAAACCUCGUGCUGGCCGUGUGGAUGCUACACAGGACAUCGGAGCCACGUUUUGCCUGGACUGGGAUGCCUCUCAUUCGCGGGAACCCCCCAUUAAGUAA